CACCUCACAUCUGCAGCGAGCGCCUAGAAGACUCAAUGCUUGGCAUCAACUUCUAGGAAUUCCUGAGGUUUUGUUCAUCUCGAACGCACGCGCUGUGGUUUUCGUUAUUAUUUAGACGAGUUCCUCUGCUAUUCGCCAUUGGAUAAACGCACAAUGUUCGCAGGUUGAGUUAGGGUUUGACUGCAUUCAAGCAUCGCUUUUAUUUGGCAGGAUAUUCCUAUUUUUAAAAGAUACAAAGACGCAGUGGGUUCACUGGCGCUAAUCAGAAUUCGAUCGGUGGAAGAGGACUCCGUGAUGAUUUAACCCCCUGUAAGCAGAUACAGAUAUUUUCGUCCAGUCGGUGUGUAUAUGAAGUGACCUGCAGGACUGUUUAAUUAGGUGGGUUUUAAAAGCCAUCCCAUUUCCGAGUGGAAAAUUAGGACAAGUCAACCUACUCCCCUCACAAAGGGGGUCCACGCAGCUGAGCGUACGGCAUGUUGCCGCUCCGUAUAUUUUGGGCAAAUCUGGCACAUGCUUGCUUGUGUAGUGGGGUCGUUUUGGAGAUUUUAUCUGGUUUUGUUAUCUAAAGAUACGGACAGUAUGUUUGACAUUCAGUGAGCGCAUUAAGUUUUUGCAGGUUUUCAAAACUUUUUGUUGUUGCAUUUAUCGGAUUAUUUAUCGCUCGAUUUAUUGACCUAUAUUUCUUUAUAGCAAACUUUAUUCUACUACUAUUUUUUUUUUUUUUUUUUUUUAAAUAUAUAGCCUAAUACUGUUCAUUUGAGCAAUUGUUGAAAGUUGAUGUUUCUCAAGACUUGGUGGCUCUCCUCUCUCCUGUGACGACUCCCACCGCGAGAUUGAACAUUCCUUAUGGGGUCAAGACCCAGCUGACGAUUCUUGCACCUAACUCUGUUUGUCCGUUUUUGUAAACAUUCAUCGCAAACAACACUUGAGAGUCCGCGAUGGAGCUCUUCUCCAGGGAUGUGGCCGCGCUCUGGAUUAUCCUGCUGGAGUUCCUGUUCAAAUCGGUGGCGGAGGAAGAGGUCCUCAUGAACACUAAGACAGAGACAUCAGAUCUGAAGUGGACGACAUACUCUCGAUCUAAACCUGAGUGGGAGGAGGUAAGCGGUCUAGAUGAGGAGAACAACAGUGUGAGGACCUAUCAGAUCUGCCAGAUCGACGGCUCGUCCAGUCAUUGGUUGCGUAGUAAGCUCAUUGAGCGGCGAGGUGCAUCGCAGGUUUAUGUGGAGUUGCUCUUCACCAUGAUCGAGUGUUCGUCACGCAACACGCACCACCGAUCCUGCAAAGAGACCUUUAACCUUUACUAUUACGAGAGCGAUACGGAUGAUGCAACGACUACACACCCCGUGUGGAUGGAGAACCCUUAUACCAAGGUUGACACUGUGGCUGCAGACUUCCUGUUGCGUAAAGGUGGAGAGAAGAAGUUUAACGUGAAAACGCUGCGUUUGGGCCCCCUGACCAAACGGGGAUUUUACUUGGCAUUUCAGGCCCAAGGGGCGUGCAUGGCCCUUCUAUCCGUACGUGUCUUCUUUAAAAAGUGUCCAGCUCUUACGCGCUCACUUUCAGUCUUCCCGGAGACGGUUCCACGUUCGCUGGUCCAGGAGGCAGUGGGCCAGUGUGUGGCGAAUGCAGCACAGCUUGGGCCCAAUCCCAGACUGCCCAAGAUGUUCUGUGGAGAAGAUGGACAGUGGGUGGACCAGCCCACCACCACCUGCACUUGCCUGCCGGGCUUUGAGGCCAGCCAUGAAGAACUGGAGUGUAGAGCGUGUCUUGCAGGUCAUUUUAAGAUGGGUUCUGGCACCGGCCCGUGCACUGCGUGUCCUGAUUCCAGUCACACAGGAGAGACGGGCUCUGCCUCUUGUGUUUGUCGCCCUGGUUACCACCGCGCCCCCACUGAUAGUCCAGAUACACCCUGCACACGUCCUCCCUCGAACCCGCGCAGUAUGGUUCCUCAGGUCAACGACACGUCUCUCACGCUGGAAUGGAGUGAACCGUUAGACAGCGGCGGUCGUUCAGACCUCACUUACAGUGUGGAGUGUCGUAUAUGUUUGACGCCUGGGAGCUUGUGCACGCCAUGCGGGGACGGCUUGAACUACCGCCCGUCUCAGACCGGAAUCCAGGGUCGACGCGUCAGCAUUUGGGGUCUGCGGCCUCACACCACCUACAGCUUUACAGUGGUGGCCUUCAAUGGGGUCUCCCAGCAGAGUGUACAGGAGCCUGCGGGUGAGACCAUCAACAUCACCACCAGCCCCAAUGUACCGGUGCUGGUUUCUGGUUUAAGGAAGAGCACAGCCACAGAAUCCAGUCUAACGCUGCACUGGGCCACACCCACUCAGUCCCACUACAGCAUACUACAGUAUCAGCUGCGCUACUGUGAAAAGGAGCGUGGCUCGGAGGAGAAUUUCUGUCACUAUACGGAGAGCGAUAUCAACCAUGUCGUUUUGAGCGACUUGCGCAGGGCGACGCAGUACGAGGUUCAAGUCCGCGCUCGCACGUUGGCCGGCUACGGCAGCUUCAGUCAAGCCGUUGUCUUUCGAACCCUGCCUGACGAAGAUGAUUCCUCAUCUCCGCUGCUUGUUACUGGGGUCCUUAUUGCCAUGGGCAUGCUGCUGCUUAUAAUCGUCAUUGCUGCUGCGAUCUACUGUAUAAGGAAGCAAAAUCUCUCCAAAGAUCCAGAGCUGAGCGACAAAAAUGGUCAAUAUCUCAUGGGUCAAGGAGUAAAAGUUUAUAUCGAUCCAUUCACUUACGAAGACCCUAACGAGGCAGUGAGAGAGUUUGCUAAAGAGAUUGAUGUCUCGUUUGUCAAAAUCGAGGAGGUUAUUGGGGCAGGCGAGUUUGGCGAGGUCUGCCGAGGAAGGCUUAGGAUUCCGGGUAAGAAGGAGAACUAUGUUGCCAUAAAGACUCUUAAGGGUGGAUACACAGACAAGCAGAGGCGGGACUUCCUGUCAGAGGCGUCAAUCAUGGGCCAGUUCCAGCAUCCCAACAUUAUUCACCUGGAGGGCAUCAUAACAGCCAGCUGCCCAGUCAUGAUCCUCACAGAGUUCAUGGAGAAUGGAGCUCUGGAUUCUUUUCUAAGACUAAAUGAUGGGCAGUUUACUCCAAUACAGUUAGUGGGUAUGCUGCGUGGCAUUGCAUCGGGCAUGAAAUAUCUUUCCGAAAUGAGCUACGUACAUCGUGAUCUGGCAGCACGGAAUAUUCUAGUCAACAGUAAUUUGGUGUGCAAAGUGUCCGACUUCGGUCUGUCGAGAUUCCUGCAAGAGAAUUCAUCCGACCCCACGUACACCAGUUCGCUGGGUGGUAAAAUUCCAAUCCGUUGGACAGCACCCGAGGCGAUCGCUUUCCGUAAAUUUACUUCCGCAUCAGAUGUCUGGAGUUACGGAAUUGUCAUGUGGGAAGUGAUGUCAUUUGGAGAGCGACCAUAUUGGGACAUGAGCAACCAGGAUGUGAUUAAUGCCAUUGAGCAGGACUAUCGGUUGCCGCCACCUCCUGACUGCCCCACAUACCUACACCAGCUGAUGCUGGACUGCUGGCAGAAAGAACGCACGGCUCGGCCACGCUUCGCAAACAUCGUCUCGGCACUUGACAAGCUGAUCCGCAAUCCAGCCUCACUAAAAAUCAUCGGUCAAGAGGGGGCAGGCCCCUCUCACCCUCUGUUAGACCAGCGCUCGCCUCUAACGCCCUCAUCCUGUGGGACAGUAGGUGACUGGCUCAGGGCCAUUAAGAUGGAGCGUUAUGAGGAGAGUUUUCUACAGGCUGGAUACACGUCCAUGCAGCUACUCGCCCACAUCACCACAGAGGAUCUUUUGCGUUUGGGGGUGACUCUGGCUGGUCAUCAGAAGAAGAUUCUGUCCAGCAUUGAAGCUCUUGGGAUUCUAAACAAAACUCCAGGGAAUGUGCUUUACUGAGCAGCUGGAGUUUGCUGGAGAACCUUUAUGUAAACCUUCCAUUCACAAUCAGGAACAAUUGUACUUCCUUUUUUAACGGGUCACUUAAGGAUCAAGCGUGCUUAUUUGCUUCCAAGACUACCUAAAGGAGACCUGUCCAGGAACCUGUCGGAACUAUCACUGUAAUACCACUAAUAUCACAAAACUUUAUUUGUGGUAUCAAACGGGUUUCUUGUGGAUGUUACCUGCGUCAUUUCACCAUUUUGGGGAGUCAUAAUCCAAAAGGAAAGACUUGCUCUGACAUCAUAAUGCAAAGACUGAUGUCACAAUGCAAUCUUCAAGAUAAAGGCCAUGAUAAAGUAUUUCCAUUUUUGCAGAAUAUUUUUCUAAAGGAAACUUUCAUACUGAAGAGACUGAAAGAGGACAACGCAACAUUCGAUGAGAAAUAUGACCUUUAUAAUGCAAGAAUUUGGAUAUAAUUAUCAGAUUAUUAAUUAUGACAUCUUGAUUCUUCAUAUUAUGGAUGUGCCGUGUGUGUAUACUUUGACGGACGCUCACAUACACACAUGCUAAAUUGAUAAUUGUGUGUGCAAGGAACACAUAUUUUGUUUUUAAACAAUGCACUCUGUGUGUGUGAGUGUGUAAAAUAAGCACUUUUUUUUUUUUAAGAGAGAAAGACAUGAAUGAGGUGGAGGUUUCACCGGUGGACCAAAUUCUCGUGUCAUACGUGCUUAUACAAACUCACACACACACACAGAUAUUUAAAGAUCUGCAACACUUGAUUGGCACUAAAACGACCAAAUAAAAACUGUCUGCUGUUUUAUAAGUGGCUGAAAGACUAAAAUUGACCUACGAAGGAGUGCCAUUCUGUUUUGUUUAUUAUGAGAAAUGUUGUGCUGGUUUGAUUUUAUUAAAAAGUUUCAAAAGUCACCCUUUGAUGCCAUGCAGGGGUUUCAGGGUAGGAGGAUUUGGUCUUCACAUUGGAGAUCGACAAGAACAAACCAGGAACUUGACUUUAUUUUGUUGCCUAUUUUUUGUAUAAAUAUAACUUGAUUUAUGUAAAAAGAUUCAUUUUCUUUGUAAGUGUAAUCCAUGUUUCUGUUACAAUAAAAAUUACACAUUUUA